AUGAGGCCAGUAAAGAGGUGGCGAUUUGACGAGGGGAGGGGGGCGGUGGGGGAUGAGGAAGAGGGACAAUGCAGAACACGAAGACCGAAAAGAGCUGUUGAUCGCAUCGAGUUUGUGUACAUAAUAGGAAUGAUGGAUAAAUGGCUUUUUGGUGAAUGUUUAGUCAACAGCCAUCAGCCAGUAAGUCCUUUAGUUUCGCUUGUUUUUGAUUACAAUGAUGGUACUGCUUUUAUUGAUGUAUUCAAUGCUUUCACUGAUGCUGAUACUAAAGCUGGUGUAGGUGGUACUGCUGACAGCAAUGCUGCAGCUCUGUUGAAACUGUUACUGUUCCGUUGA